AUGGGCCUAUUUUGUUUGAUGACCCCCCCACCUGACGUCUCGGGUUUACACGCUGAACAAGGCCCUACCAAUUCCACCACACUCAAAACCAAUACACCAAUCGCUCCUUGCGCCGCUGAUUGCUCCCUGCGCCACCAAUCGCUCCUUGCGCCACCCAUUACUCCUUGCGCGUCUUCGUUAGGUCACCAUUUCCUCCCCAGCCCUACCAAUUCCACCACACUCAACGUUAUCCAGCCCUGCCCGUUGCCCCCACAGGCCCUGCCAAUCGCUCUUUGCUUGCCUUUGAUAGACCAAUACGCCGAUCGCUCCUUGCGCACCUCUGUUAGGUCACUCAUUUCCUCACCGGUCGUCUAUUUCCUCACAGUUGAGUUUCCCCUCUGCCGUCUCCAGCCCUACCAGUUGCCCCCACAGGCCCCGCCGUUCAGUCUUCGCUCGUCUUUGCAAGACCAAUACGCUGAUAGCUCUUUUCCCGUCUUCGCUAGGUCGCCUCUUUCCUCACAGACCUGCCAGUUGCCCCCAGAGGCCCCACCGAUCACUCUUCCACCCUUUGCUCAUCAGGCCAACGGCUUCGCUGUUGCCCCCACAGGCCCCACCAAUCAUUCUUUGCUUGUCUUUGCCACUUAUUGA